AUGUAUGUUGAAUGUACACUUUGUUUUGAGGAUGGCACUGAUAUUUGUGUACCAAGUUCAACAGGUCAUGUUGUUUUACGUGAGGGAAGAAGACAAUGGGAUGAGUGGAUUCAAUUUCCUGUGAAAUUUAAUGAAAUUCCAUCAAAGGCUAAAUUAUGUUUCACAAUUUAUGAUGUCUAUUCUCCAACACAAAGAGUUGUUAUUGGAAGUAGUUAUUUACCACUUUUUGGUAAGAAAGGAAGACUGAAGUUUGGUAAAUAUAGAAUUCCACUUCAUCCUCAUAAGAAUGUUGACGAAAUUUUGAAUGAAGAUUAUAGUACAAAACUUUAUAGAGAUGAACUGGCAAAAGUUGAAAAACUUGAAGCUUAUGCUAAACAAACUACUGGACAAAUUAACUCAAUUCCAAAAAAUAGUAAUAUUUCCAUUUAUUUAAAUCAAUUCACUCAGGCAAAUAACUCUGAUAAACCUGACAAGGCUGACAAAUCUGGAAAUUCCAAUAUUAAUGAAACAACUGACAUCCCAUCAAGUACAUCUAAUUUAUCGUGGUUGGAUAAAUUCACAGUUACCAAGAAGGAACAAUUGAGAGAAAAGAAAUUCAAUUCAUCCUCACUUGACACAUUUUUGAAUAUUGAAAUUCCUACUUUUGAUAGAAGAGUUGUUGAUUUUGAUUAUUUGGCAACUACUAGUGAUGAAUUGGCCACAUCAUUCUGUAGUGGUUUUACCUACUUCCCAAAUCUCCCAACACCUAUCCCUAAAAAAGUUAAACCAACUAUCCCUGUACCAUAUUCCGAAGAUUCUGACAAGGAUCACUUCAGAUUCGAGAUUGUUAGUACCAAGUAUCAAUUUAUUGAUGAUCCUGAAGCCAAACAAACCAACUUGGCAGAAGAAAAACACUUGAAACUCAGUAUUAAUUUAUCAAGUGGUCUCAUUGAUACCAACCUCAAACCAAACGCCAUAGAAACAAGAAAGAUACAAAAAGUAUUGGAAUAUCCUCCGCUUCAUGAAAUGCCAACAGAAGACAAGAGUUUGUUGUGGAGAUACAGAUACUACUUGAGAUCAAACAAACGUGCCUUGACUAAAUUCUUGAGAUGUGUCGAUUGGAACUACUUGGCUCAAAAGAAGGAAGCUGAAAAAUUAAUUCCACAAUGGGACAAGAUCGAUACUGUCGAUGCUUUGGAAUUGCUUUCAAGAUUGUUCAAGAAUGUAAAGGCUGUCAGAGACUACGCUGUAGAUAUUUUAAGAAAGGCUGAUGACGCAGCUAUUUUGGAUGUAUUAUUACAAUUGGUUCAAGCUUUGAGAUAUGAAAUUGAGGUUAGCUCAGUUAAAUUGCAUGAAUCUGAAUUGGCUCUUUUCCUUUUGGAUCGUGCAAGUGUAAACUUCAAUGUUGCCAACAAUUUGAAUUGGUAUCUGGCAGUUGAAACUGAAGAUCCAAAGUAUGGAGAACAUUUCUUGGAAAUGAGACACAAAUUCUUUAUCCAUCUUAAAAAGAAUUCACCUCUCUUCCUUGAAAAGCUUAUCAGACAAGGAAGAAUGGUUGAAACUCUCAGCAAGAUUGGUUCAUACAUGAAAGGUCUUAAAUUAUCUCGUCCAGAAAAGAUUACCAUCUUUAAAAAGAUAUUGUCUGCAAAGGGUGAGAUUCCAAACAUUCAAUUUGAUAGUAAGGAACAAUACACAUGGACUGAGAUUUUCCUUUCCAAUAUUUCAAAGAACUAUCCUGAGGAACCAUUGCCAUUACCUCUCAAUCCUGAAGUUAAAGUUAAUGGUAUCUUUGCUGAGGAUUCCACCAUCUUUAAGAGUGCUCAAAGUCCUUUGAUGAUUCCAUUCUCUGAUCUUAAUGGCGCCAAGUAUAGUGUAAUUGUAAAGAAUGGUGAUGAUUUGAGACAAGAUCAAUUGGUCAUGCAAUUGAUUUUACUUAUGGACAAACUUUUGAAGAACAAUGGUUUGGACUUGAAACUUACACCAUAUUCUGUAUUGGCUUUCAGUCCAAGUUUUGGAUGUUUGGAGUGCGUACCAAAUUGCUCUGCUUUGGCUCAAGUUAUUGAUAAGGGAGAUAUUAGAGGUUGGCUCAGAAAGAAUAACACAGAGGAUGAGGAUUACCACACUGCCUGUCAAAACUUUGUUAAAAGCUGUGCAGGCUAUUGUGUCAUUACAUACAUUCUUGGUAUUGGUGAUAGACACUUGGACAAUGUCUUGAUUACAGCUCAAGGAUUAAUGUUCCACAUUGACUUUGGUUUCAUUAUGGGCAGAGAUCCAAAACCAUUCCCUCCCCCAAUGAAACUCUGCAAGGAAAUGGUAGAAGGUAUGGGAGGAAGUAAGAGUGAAGGUUACAUCAAAUUUAAGGAGCUAUGUGUGACUGCUUACAAUAUUUUGAGAAAGUCGGCUCACUUGAUUUUGAACAUGUUUAUUCUCAUGAUUGAUGCCAAUAUUCGUGAUUUGGAACAUGGUGCAGGUAUGGAUCCUAUUAGAAAUAUCAUGAAAGUUCAGGAAAAGUUUAAACUUGACCUAAAUGAUCAAGAAGCAAACGUCUACAUGCAAAGUAUUAUCAAUGAAAGUGAAAAAGCUCUCUUCCCUCAACUCAUGGAAAAUAUCCACAGAUGGGCUCAAUAUUGGAGAUCCUAA